AUGGAAAUCCUCAGCACGUCUAUCCUAGCCUACGUCAUUCUCCUCCUGGUGGCCUCCUGUGUCGCUUCGCUGAGGUACCUGCGCUCGCUCUGGGACUGGAAGGCACGCUCGCAAGGGCUUCCAUUGCCGCCGGGUCCUAGACCCCUCCCCAUCGUGGGCAAUGUGUUUGACCUCCCGAAAGUCAGGCCUUGGCUAGGAUUCCGGGACAUGCGCAAGAAAUACGGUGAUCUCAUCUAUCUGCGAGUCUUUGGUAAACGCCUCCUCUUGAUCGGGAGCGCAGAGCUGGCGCGCGAGAUCCUCGACAAGCGUUCCGCCAAUACCUCAGACCGACCGGUGAAUCCAGUGAUAGGACUCUCAGGGCAGGAAUCGAACUUCGGCCUCUUCCAAUAUGGGCCGCGAUGGAGGCAGCACCGACGAGAAUUCUGGCAGUUCUUCCAUCCAGGCGUGGUCUCAAAAUACCAACCGAUACAACGCGCCGAAGUGCACAAGUUUCUCAGGACGCUCCUCAACUCGUGCCCCGACCCGACGGACCGUAUUGGACACAUGUCCGCGAGUGCGAUUCUCAAGGUGGUCUACGGUGUCGAUAUCGUGGACGAGAACGAUGAGCGCAUCGCAAUCCCUCGCGCUGCCUUGGAGACUACCAGAAGAUCUACACCUGGAGCCUUUGCGGUGGAGGUGUUCCCGAUCUUGCGACACAUGCCCUCCUGGUUCCCCGGUGCGGGGUUCCAAAAAGUCUUCGCCGAAUGCAAGGUGGCGAACGAAUAUCUGAAGCACGUUCUUUUCGACGAGGCCAAGGAGGCGCUGGAGCGGGGCGAAUCGCGCCCAUGUGUCAUCGCUGAUAUGUUCGCAAGGGCGAAAGCGAACGGCGCCGGGUCGAACGAACUUUCCGACGAGACGGAAGACAUGUUGAAGAACGUAUGCGCAACGGCUGCGGAAGGCGGUGCCGACACGGUUUUUUCGACGCUGCAAGCCGUCUUCGUCGCAAUGACGCUCUACCCCGACGUCCAGCGCAAGGCACAGGACGCGCUCGACGCCGUCGUCGGGCCCGACCGCCUCCCAGACUUUGGCGACAGCGACGCACUCCCGUACAUCCAUGCGAUCGUGAAGGAGGCGCUGCGCUGGAGCGUCGUCGUGCCGCUCGGCCUCUUGCACCGCACGCUGCGCGACGAGGUGUUCCGCGGGUGCUUCGUCCCCGCGGGCACGACCGUGGCCGCGAACACGUGGGCGAUGCUGCACGACCCCGCUACGUACGAAGACCCGGACGAGUUCCGCCCGGAGCGCUUUCUGCGCGAUGGCGACAUACCACUAGACUCGACUGCUGUUGCCUUCGGCUCAGAUUCGAUUGCCUUCGGGAUCUGCCCCGGGCGGUACUUCGCGCUCGACUCGCUGUUCAUCACCGUCGCGUCCGUGCUGCACGUGUUCGACAUCAGCCCGCCCCUCGACGCGGACGGCGCGCCGAUCCCGGUCAGGUUCGAGCAGACGCACGGCAUCAUAUCGUACCCCGAGGACUGUCGGUGCACCGUCACACCGCGCUCGAAGGCGGCGGAGGCGCUGAUAUUGGCCGCCCAGCAGUAG